CGCUCUUAAAAAUACAAGUUCUUCGUUAAGCCUGGGCCUGCUGCUUCCCAUGUCCCUCCGUGGAGGCAGCCCGGUGCAGGGUGCGUGCAGGGGACCAGCUCCCUGCUUCAGGCGUGGUUUGCCUGCGUUGCACCCGAGCCCACCCAGCGCGGGGCUCCCGUCCAAGGGCUCUUUGCAAAUCAGGACUCCCACACCCCACGGCGUGCCUUUGUGAAGAGCUUGCGCGGCUUCCUCGGCUUCACCGAGAUAAGAGACAUUAUUUUUGUUCCGCCCCAUCAUCGCCCUCAUUUGUGUUUCCAUGUGCGGCGGGGAUAGGCAGAGCCCCGUGCCAGGCUGCCCUUUAUUUCUGGGGCAUGCAAAUACCCAACGGCAGCCCUCGCUCCCUGCCCUCACUCCCUGCCCUCCAGCUGGCUCCUGAGGCUCUGGAGGCCACCGCAGGGAUAAAGUCCCCUUUCCAUCACGGAGAGGUGCAGGAGGACCGAGGGGAUCGCUGCGGGGCUGCAGGCUCCGCGUAGCUUUGAGGCGGCACACUCGAACGGCCAAGAAAAAGCUCCUGCUUUAAGCCUAAUCUUUAACUAAAGGCAUUUCCAAUUUUAUUUUAGGCCGGGUUUAUUGCUCUUGCCUCAUUAAUUUUUUCCCUCCCUCCCAGCCACUCCCCCUCUCCGGGCACUCCCCGCGCACAGUGGCCCACGGCGUUUUGCCCGUGUGGGUUUGCACCAGAGCUGCUUGGCCACGCAGAGAGGCAGGAGGUGGAGGCGCAGAGGGGGAGAAGCGGCGCUGCCGAAGCCAUCAGUGGGCUACGCAUCCCGAGGCCGGGGAGCAUCACUUCACCUGUCACGGGGCAGCCCCGUCCCAACGCUUCCCCGGCGGGGUGUGAGAUGCAGCCACGCAGGGUGUGAGGUACCGCCGGGGCUUGUCUCCGAACCAAAGACAUCCCUCGGAGCUGGAGCCCCGACCCGCGCGAUGCUGAGCCUCAAGUUACCCCGGCUGCUCAGCAUCAACCAAGUGCCUAAGGGGUACCAGGAGCAGGGGAUCCUCUUCGGGUAUCGCCCCCCCAGAAGCUCGGCAGCAGACUGCCUCCUCAGCGUCUUCCAAAUGACAAACGAGACCCUAAAUAUCUGGACGCAUUUUGUGCCUACCUGGUACUUCGUGUGGACGCUGGUGGGGCGGCUGCGGGGACCGGGGGGCCGGGAGGACCCCCAUGCCUGGCCCCUCCUUGCCUACCUGCUGACCUGCUGCGUCUACCCCCUCGCCUCCAGCUGCGCCCACACCUUCAGCACCAUGUCCACCCGCACCCGCCACAUCUGCUACUUCUUCGAUUACGCGGCGCUCAGCAUGUACAGCUUGGGGUCGGCGCUGGCGUACUCGGCGUACGUUUUCCCAGCAGAAUGGGUUGACAGCGCUUUCCACCACUGCUACGUCCCCAUUGCGGCGCUUAACACUGUCGUUUGCACCAGUCUGUCCUGCUAUUCCAGAUUUCUGGAGGUGGAGCAGCCCACGUUCAGCAAGGCUUCCCGCAUGCUGGCCUUCGUGUACCCGUACCUCUUCGACAGCAUCCCACUCUUCUACAGGUUCUACCUGUGCGCCGUGGAGAGCUGCACGGAGGCCGCGAUCCUGGUCCACUACAAGCACACCGUCUUUGCCUUCCUCACUUGCUUCAUCUUCGCUAGCCAUCUGCCAGAGAGACUUGCGCCAGGUCACUUCGACUAUAUUGGGCACAGCCACCAAGUUUUCCACGUGUGUGGGAUCAUCAGCACGCACUUCCAGAUGGAGGCCAUCACGAUGGACAUGGCCGAGCGCCGCGACCGGCUCCUGCCCGCCUCGCUGCUUCCUUCCUCCCUGCAGACCCUCGGGUCGAUGGGCAUCUGCCUGGCCGUCAGCCUGGCCGUCAUCGGGCUCUGCUCCAUGUCCCUGCGCUUCAUGCCAGAGCCUCUGCAGAGAGAAAAGCCACACGGGCAUUAGGCUUCGGGUCUAGACAGUAUUUAUGCUGCUCCAUGGGAGAGACCCUGAACAGUACGUGUGUGGUGUGGAUGAGGAGGGGUUUAUUCGCCUAUGCUCUCUGAGAAAAUGUUUAUUUAAGAUUUUCUCGAGAGCGAAAUAUAUUGCACUGGUUUUUGUACAUAUAGCUUUAAAGCUGGGAACAGAUUAUGACACACUUUUAAUCAAGUUGCUCUUUCACCACAAGAAAUAUUUAAAAUAAUCUUAACUUUUUCUGUAAAAGGGAGAUAAGUGCUAAUACUUUCCAAAGCAAUAGGCAUUCAUCAGGUCUGCCUUACGGAGGAAUCAGGGAGGCAAGUGAAUGUGGCUAACUCCGGUACUCUGGUGCACAGGUGUCCUUGCCAUCUUUAGACCGAUAGCCAAGACUCCUUGGCGAAGUCACGAGCAAGGGCUCUCCCAGGAGCUCUCUAACUAAGGUUUUCACCUUGAAAGUGGCAUUAUUUUGGAGAUUAAAACCUCAAAUAUCCAUGUUACACAGCCUUACACUAAACCCAAGUGCCUGGCAGAUGUGGGAUUGGGAGAGACUAGAGUUUGCCUGUUUAAAAUUCAGCUAUUUUUAAUCAUUACCCGGAAGGAGUUAUUCUAGAAGAACUCUCCAGGGGACAUUCCUCCAGAAUAGCUUUGUUUUGGGUCUGGUUCCGGUGCGUAGGUUAGUCCUGGGAAAUUAAUUCCUAUGGGAGAGCUGAGCUCUCCCUGCGUGGGCGACGCGACCGGCCGGCAGCUGACGCAGCCCCAGGCGCAGAGCACGGGAGGCACUGUCCCCCCCUCCUUGCACCGGUCACCUCCGUCCUGCUCUCACAGCGGGGCUCCUUCUCUAGCCUCACUUGUGGCAUCAAAUGGAAACGGAGGAAGAAAUACCUGCGAGGGGAGGACGCGGACUUCCUUACAAGCACCGUGCUGGUGCUGAGUGUUUAACACGGGCGUGAAGCUGCGCUGUUUAGAAAUGGUGUUUGACACCUUGUCGAGGGCGAUGGCUGAGGAAUUCGUGACUGCCACGUCGAGGCAUCCUCUCCCAGGUGUCUCUGGGGGCACAAUACUGGGCUAGACAGACCCUUGGCCUGAGAGUGUGAGCGAUGGUAGAGCCAUCACCUCCGAACCACUCUAGCUUCUGGUCCCACUCGCAUAGAAGAAUGUUUUUCUUUUCAUGAGUCAACAGGACGGGGGUGUUUGGGGAGAAUAAAACAUCCGCUGAGCAGGAGGUGGGAGUCUGUACGGCACAGAGUCGUGAGCACUGUCGGGUGAAAGGCAGGAGUUAGAACAGCUCAGCUGGUGAUGCACGGGGAGGGUCAAACCCUGUAGUUUGAAAGCAUUUCUAGAGUUAGACCUCCGCUCGCCCGGCAACAGCCUUUUGCUCAGGCUGGUGCUCCUUGCCUUCCUUUGCUGCUGCGCCUGGAUUUUACAGGCAGAAGCAGGGAGCUCUGGAGAGAGCCUGGAGGUCCCAGCCUGGGCCGGGGCAAGGGGGAGCAGCCGUGGGGAGAGCUCGGCCGGUGGCUCCCGCGGCAGGGGUUGUCAUGCUGGGUUUACCUUACGCAGGAGGUACAGGAACAUGUGAUGCAGAGAUUACUGCUAGGGAAUAUUAUCAAGCUUCUUGAUAAUCAUACGGGUGUAUAAUUUGUUUUGUGUAUAAUUACCUCUACCAAGGUAUAAUUGAUGCACUUUUGAGUGACAAUACAAUGGCUUGUUACAUAUAUUGUGGGAGAAAUAAGUCUUUCGAAAAAUAGCUUCCUUUUGAAAGCUGACCAAGAUUUAUAUUAAUAUUUAUAAGCACUGGAACAUAAUUGUUUGUUCAACAGUUUUAUUUCAUUAAAAGAGAAAACUAAUAUAACUAUCGCACUGAUGUAUGCUAACCUGAUUUGUAUAGUUUCAUAAAAAUACCGUCUGUGAAAAUUAAUCACUUCAGAGAUAAUUGCUGAUAAUUGCAAAGCUUAUUUACCUUGUGUACUCGUGUGACUGGAAAGGAAUCUGGCUCUGCGUGUGAGACACGACUUCAGAGUCUGUAAAAUUUACACGAAUCAUCAUAAUUUUUUCUUGUUUGUUUAACUUCUGAAUUUGGGAAGUCCUCUCGUCCUCUUCAGGUGAAAUUAUUUGUAGGAAAACUACAUUUAAAAAUAUAGCACCGUGUUAUACAUUACCAUCGUCCCUCUGGAUCCUGCAGUGUUUUGCAGGGACCCUUUGUCUGGCGCAUACUUUACAUACUCCGUGAGUGAAUGUUUGAUCUGGAGGCAGCACAGGCCAGCCAGAUUCCUUGUUCAGCUGGAGACGGGCCUUCAGAAAACUAUUCAAUAUACUAAAUUUUAUUCCCAUAAAGAAAUAAAAACUCUGUGUCAAACUGAUACGA